AUGGUCCAACCUCUUCGCCUGACUCCAGACCAGGUCAAACGCUACAGCCGCCACAUCAUCAUGCAGGAUGUCGGCAGCGCCGGCCAACGCAAAAUGAUGGAGUCCAGCGCGCUCAUCAUCGGCGCUGGUGGCCUUGGUUCCCCUUCUGCCGUUUACCUGGCCCUUGCCGGAGUGGGCAAACUCGGUAUCGUCGAUUUCGAUGUCGUCGAAUUGUCCAACCUCCAGCGCCAGAUCCUGCACCACACGCCCGAUGUUGGCCGACCCAAGGUGCAGUCCGCCAAGGACAACAUCCUGUCCUACAACCCGGAAGUCGACGUGGUGCUCCACGAAACCUGGCUAACCUCAGAAAACGCCUUCGAUAUCAUCAGCCAGUACGACAUCGUUAUCAACGGCGCCGACAACUUUGCCACCCGAUAUCUGGUCAACGAUGCCUGCUAUCUGCUCAACAAGCCAUUGUUCGAUGGCAGCAUCCUCAUCUUCGACGGCCAGGCCACCGUGUUCCUGCCCGGCCAGGGUUGCUACCGCUGCCUCUUCCCGGCCCCGCCCCCACCAGGGAUGGUUCCCAACUGCGCCGAAGCCGGCGUUUUGGGUGCGUUGACCGGUCUCGUCGGCUCCAUUCAGGCCACCGAAGCAUUGAAAUACAUCCUCGGCAUCGGUGACAGCCUGGCUUCCCGGCUCAUGGUCAUUGACGCGUUGAGCAUGCAGUUCCGCGAAGUACGUUUGCGGCGCAAUCCGGAAUGCCCCCUCUGCGGCGACAACCCCACCGUUACCGAAUUGAUCGACUAUGAGGUCUUCUGUGGCGUCGCCGAAAUCCCCGAACCUGCAACCAUCGCCGCCGGAGCGCCCCGCCGGAUUAACAUUCCAGCCGCCCAACAGCCGAUCAUGCCCACCAAUUCCACAUACAAAGGCAUCAUCGCUACCAUCGGCAACACCCCUCUGGUGGAGCUGCAAAAACUUUCACCCAAUCCGAAUGUACGCAUUUUCGCCAAGCUGGAAGGCCAAAACCCCACCGGCAGCGUGAAGGACCGCAUCGCGCUCAAAAUGAUCGAGCGCGCCGAAGCCGACGGCGAGAUCACUCCCAACCGUAUCAUCCUGGAACCCACCUCUGGCAACACCGGCAUAUCCCUGGCGAUGAUCGGUCGCGUCAAGGGAUACAAGGUGAAGGUGGUGAUGCCAGAGAAUGUUUCCGCCGAACGUACCCAGCUGCUCGAAGCCUACGGCGCCGAGAUAGUCUAUUCCGAUGGCACCCUGGGCACCAACGGCAGCGUCGUCGUGGCUCAGGAGAUGGUUGCCAAAAACCCCCACGAUUACCUCAUGCUGUACCAGUACGGCAACGACGGAAUUCCUGAUGCCCACUACGAAGGCACGGGUCAGGAAAUCGUCGAGGCCCUCCCCGACGUGGACGUUUUCGUCGCCGGCCUCGGCACCGGCGGUACCCUCAUGGGCAACGCCCGCCGGCUGAAAGAACAUCGCAGCGACAUCAAGAUCAUUGCCGUAGCCCCGGAACCCGACGACUUCAUCUCCGGCUUGCGUCGCCUGGAGGACGGUUUCAUUCCGCCCAUACUUGACAUCAAUCUGCUGGACAACCGCUUGCUGGUCAAUAGCUUCGAUUCCUUCCACAUGACCAAGGAAUUGCUGGACAAAGAAGGCAUCUUCGCGGGUAUCUCCUCCGGAUCGGUAAUCGCCGGAGCGUUGAAACAGGCCGAUCGAAUGGAAAGCGGCAACGUCGUGUGCCUACUGGCAGACGGCGGAUGGAAAUACUUGAGCAGCCAGUUGUGGACCAAGGACUACGAAACCCUCGCCAAAGAAGCACAGGGCAAGAUCUGGUGGUAA